AUGGAAGAAAUAAUCCUCAUCUUUAUGCAGCUUGCUGGCCGGUUUAUCGACCCUGCUGCAUCUUUUGCCUUGUGGAUGUCGAACUUGGCGCUCGAGUACAACAACUUCUCCUUGGUGAUGAGUCUAUGGACUGAUAAAGUUCCUACAUAUGGCUGGGUUCUUAUUGCCUGGGUAGUAUUUGGUGCGAUCUCCCUCGUCGAGGUCUCCGUUUACGGAGAAAUCGAAUUUUGGUUUGCCGCCUCUAAGGUCAUAUUCAUCUUUGUUGGCUUCCUUCUGGCCAUCCUCCUUAACACCGGUGCUAUCGGAGGACAAUAUAUUGGUUUCCACUAUUGGAGCGACCCCGGCACCUUUGUCAACGGUUUUAAUGGAUUUGGCAAGGCCUUUGUGCUUGCGGCAGCGUACUACACAGGGUCAGAAGUUGUAGCACUCACAGGAUCUGAGUCGCAGUCGCCCACAAAACAUAUGGCAAAGGCUAUCCGUCUCAGCGUUGUGCGGAUCUUCGUCAUCUUCGUCGGAAUGAUGUUCUUCACCACGCUCCUUGUUCCAUAUGACGACCCGGCGUUCCAGCUAGGAACCUCAAAAGCGGGAAAGUCUCCCUGGACUAUUGCGCUGAACCGAGCAGGAUGGUCUGGUGCACAAAAUCUUAUCAACGUUUUCAUCCUCACUGGAAUGAUGUCAUUAAGCGUCUUGUAUAUUUCUUCGAGAGUGCUCGUUGGGCUCGCUCUGUCUCAUCGUGCACCUUCUUUUUUCGCCAAAACUACAAAGAAGGGAGUCCCAGUCCGAGCCAUAAUCUUUUGCAACUUUUUCGGCCUGCUUGCUAUCUUGAAUCAGUUUAGCGGCGCUGCAUCUGUCUUUACGUACGUUACCAGCCUAUCCGGUUCCGCUACUUUCAUCGUCUGGGCCUCCAUUGGUAUCACCCAUAUCAGAUUUCGCAGGGCGUACGCAAAGCAAGGUUUCAGUCCCAAAGACCUACCUUUCAGAGCCACACUCUUCCCGUACGGUGCAUAUUUCGUCGCGAUAUUCAACAUAAUUCUGGUUAUCAUCUCGGGAUAUACGGCUUUUCUGAAGCCGUUCAACGUUGCCACUUUCAUUACCAGCUAUGUGGUUAUCGUCAUCUUCUUGGUCCUAUACGUAGGCUGGAAACUAAUCAAGAAGACGACAUGGGUCAAGUUGGAGGAUAUGGACUUGAUAACAGGGCGUGCGCAUUAUGACAAUCCCAACGAUGAUGGCCCAGGACUUUUCAACACAUGUUGGGUGCAGGGACUUCGCGGGGUGUCGCACAUUUGUUCCUAUUUUCGCUCUCCGGCACAGACGACCGGUCGUUAA